AUGUCAAAGCCCCCUAUAUUCGGAGAUCCUGCGUCGCAGGGAAUCGAUGAGCGAGCCCACAAGCUUUACACGAAGGCUCUGCAAGGAAACCCCUCAGAUCUGGACAUUGCCAUCGCACACUAUCGUGGAACGCUGGGCGUAAUAUCUAAUCUGUCCUCCGAUGGUUAUAGUCAAUUACUGGGCGAUCUCGCAAAUGCCCUGGUCGUACGCUUUCAGCAACAGGGCAGUCGUGCAGAUCUUGCUUGUGCCAUGGAAUGUCACCUUGAAGGAUUGGCUCUUCGCCCAGUUGGACAUCCAAUGCGGGUGGUCACCCUUGUGGACUUUGCCACAGCUCUUCUUCUUCGUUUCAAAGAAGACGGCACGCUCAGUGACAUCCACCUUGCCAUUGAUAACUUUGCUGCUGCACUAUCCCAAUGUCCCUUCGACCACCCAGCCAGGUGUACCCUCAUCAUGAAAUACGCCGGUGCUCUCCUUUCGCGUUUCGAGUAUUGCGGAGACGCUGAGGAUGCAGAGCGUGCAAUUGACCAAUAUCAGACGGUCGUCGACUUAUCAUCCCCUCACGAAAGCCCGGCUCCCCUUAAUAACCUCGCCAAAGCCCUCCAGUCCCGCUUUCAGCGGUUUCAUGAGCUAAACGACCUCGAAUCGUCCAUUCAACAUUCUAGCGCCGCGCUUCAUCUUCUUCCAACAUAUCACCCUGACCGACCACAAACUCUCCGCACAAUUGCGAGUGGCCUUUUCGAGCGUUUUCGUCAGAAAGGAGACGCAGUUGAUCUUGAGACAGCCCGAAGGUACUAUCAGGCUGUACUCGAUCUGUGCUCUCAAGAACACCCCUAUCAUGCCCUUGCACUUAACAACCUCGCUGAUGUUUUACUCGCACGUUUCAAACAUCAGGGUGACUCAUUUGACCUUGAUCUCGCCAUUAGCCACUAUCGAACUGCUUGCAUCCAUUCGGAAGGACAGCCUGAUCAGGGGUUGCAUCUUGAUCAUCUAGGAAAUGCACAGUUACUUCAAUUUCGACAAUGUGGAGACAUGGUUGAUUUGCACCGUGCAAUUGAGAACCAUAAUCUAGCUCUCGAGCUACAUCCUGUCGGUCACCACCGUCGACCAGCCACGAUGGCAGCCCUGGCGAGUUGCCUUGAUGCUCGUUUCGAGCAACAAGGAGAACUAGCAGAUUUCAAAACAGCCCUCAAUUGCUACAACCACGCAUUAGCGUUAUUUUCCCAAGACCACCCUCGACGGCCUGUCGUAUUGAAUAAUAUCGCUUCUGCCUUGGAGAUGUACUUCAGGCAGUAUAAAGAUCUCAACGAACUCAACCGCUGCAUCACAUAUUAUCGGGAAGCUCUUGAGCUCUACCCCGCAACUCACGUUGACCGGCCAAUUACCUUGACCGGCCUGGCUUGCGCGUUAUUGAGCAGGUUUGAGCUCCUCGGCGAUGAAUUUGAUCUUGACCAGGCCUCACUUCACUGCACCGUAGCACUGGAUGCUCGCCCGCUGGGACAUCCAGCAAGACCAAUUUCUUUGCUGACUAUGGCAAGAAUUUUUCGGUCCCGGUUCUUGCCUUGGGACGACCCAAAGAAGCUUGAUAGCGCCUUCGAGCACCUUCGUGCAGCAAAAGAUGCUUGUAGAUCAGGGCAUUCGCUGCUUCUUGACAUCCACGCAGAACUAUCCGUAAUAUAUUUUCUUCGUUAUCUCGUAUUUCAGCAUUCCAUGGAUCUUAAGGAAGCUCUUGGCUAUCAUGAGCUGAGCAUGGCUUUCGGUUCUGGAGGGAUAUGGGCCGCGUUCCGUGCAUCGCUGUAUUGGGUGCGGAGCGCCGAGAUGUUUAGGCAUGCGUCUGCUGUCGAUGCAUACCAAACGGCUUUGCGUCUUCUAGACCGUUGCGUUACGGUUGCGAAGGCUCCAGAGCUCCGACAGGAGUUAACAAAACGGCAUGCCGAGCUGAUGCUAGAUGCAUUCUCUGCGGCAAUUCGCCACAAACAACCUGAUCUAGCAGUUGAAAUGCUAGAACAAGGACGCCUGCUGCUCUGGACCCAGGUGGCUCUCCAUCGAAGCAUUCUAGAUGAUCUCAGGAGCUGCGGCAAGCAGGGAGUUCGUCUUGCAAACAGUUUUGAGCAGCUCAACCACCAAAUAGAAGAUUUACAGAAGCAAAGGGAUGCGGUGAUCGCGCAAAUCAGGCGCCUGAAUGGCUUCAGCAAUUUCCUCAUACAUCCUUCCUUUGCCGACAUUCAGAGGGCAGCUAUUGAUGGACCAGUGAUCGUGGUUAACGCUAGCCACUAUUUGUAUAUCACCCUGACAGAUGUUGCUCGGUUAGCAGCUCUUUUUCACGACAUCGUGCGAUAUUCUGGUGAUCCCGACCCUGGUCGCGACAGGGAGAGACGAUUAAUUGGUUUGCUUACGGAGUUAUGGGACCUGGUGGUCAGUCCUGUGGUUGACUGUCUUCUGCCACACACACCAAAGGGUUCGCGGAUCUGGUGGUGCCCGACUGGCAAAUUUACAGCCUUGCCAUUGCAUGCCGCAGGCCUAUACCAGAGUAUUGAGCUGAACCUCUCGCAGUUAUACAUAUCUUCCUACACCCCGACUUUGUCGUCUCUCAUCAAAAGCAGAAGGACUAAAAGUAGCACCACACCGCGCCGGCCAUUAUUCACUCCUUUCUUGACCAAUUUUCUCAAAGGUCGAAAAAGCAAAUCUUCGAGGCCUUCCACCCCAGUUCCUGCGUCAUCUACAUUCGCCGCUAUUUGCAAUAACGAGAGGACGGAGGACAUCGACAUGCUCCGCAAAGUGCUUCCUCCGACCUGCACCAUGACUCGCAUCACGGAUGCCGACGCAACAUACGAACAUGUCAUUUGCACCAUUCGAGAACAGUCAUGGAUUCACUUUGCCUCCGGAGCGGAACCCAACUUCGACCUCCCAUUCGAAUCGCAUUUUCCCUUGCACGACAAGCCAGUGUCCCUGUUGGAGAUAGCACAGACCCUGGCGGAAGUGGAGCGGCCGCCGGAGUUCGCGUUUUUAUCUGUGAACCGUGGAUCUAGUGGGACGGAAGGACAUGAGACCAUGCACAUUCCCCACGCACUUCAUAUGGCAGGGUUUCAAAGCGUGGUUGGCACUAUGUGGGCUGUGGAUGAAGAGGUCACGCGGCGGAUAGCGUCGGCAUUCUAUCAUUUUAUUGUCGUGGAGUCAAGGGGCGCGAUGGAUUGUACCAACGCGGCAAAGGCUCUGAGCCAAGCCCUACAGAUGGUCGAGGAAGGUAUACCAUUAGAGCAAAGGAUUGCGUUCGUCCAUGUCGGUGUUUAAAUGUGCCUUGAUAGAAACGAUUGAAUCGUGUACUCUGCUCGGUUGUAGUAGUAGAUAUGCUGUAAUAGAAUAUUGUGUUAGAGAGUAAUUAAGAUUCUUCAAGUUGUAUGGCUUCGUUGUGAAAUUGGGCCCCUCGAAGUG